AGCGUAACGCUAGUUUUGUAAGGUUCAAAGAGUCAAAUUAUCCGAUUUGAGUGAUUUUUUUUCUUAAUUUUCAAUUUAAAUGAUGAUAACAUGGAUAAUGAAGAUAUUUGCAAACAUCAUUGCACUAGUUGCAUGAAUCAAGCCCGUGAUGUUUUAUUCUCUUGUGUUGAAUGUGAAGAUUUUUCACUUUGUUUACAGUGCUAUGUAUAUGGUACGGAAAUUGGUCCACAUAAACGUGAUCAUGAAGUGAAAAUGAUCGAUCUGGGAACGUUUCCCAUAUUCAAAACGAAUAAACGUGACAUCGAUGAACCAAUGGGAACAGACUAUUCGGAAUCAGCAAUUGAUAAUGAAAUUGAAAACAUUAAAAAAGAUGACCAGGAAUUUGAAAAAUUUUUGAAUGAAGAAUUAGGCCAAGAAUUCACAGAAAAUCAUGUAAUAAAAGAAACACAAACACAAUUGCCUGCUCGUAUGGAUACCGGCCGAGAAGAAUAUGAAUGGCGAGCGAUGGAUGAGAAAGCACUAUUUGAAGCACUGACUCGUGUUGGUUACGGCAAUUGGAAAGACGUUGCCAAUUAUAUCAAUACGACUCUUUCAACGAAUAUAUCACCGAGCGAAGUUGAACGCCAUUACAAUAUUCAUUAUAUUGAUGGACUAAUUGGGCGUCUAUGUUGGACAUGGAUGUUUACCGAUUCUGUCGUAAGACAGUUAUCACGGUUUCCAUUCACCAUACGAGGCCAUCAUGAUAAACUACAACCGAACAAAGAUAAUUGUUCUGAUCUAUUCCGUGACAUUCCACAAGCGGAAUUAGAUUCUCUUGGUUACCUACCGAAACGGGAUGAUUUCGAAAGAGAAUUUGAUAACGAAGCCGAAACAUUAAUAUCAAACUUGACGCUUGGUGCUGAAAGUGAAGAUGAUAUAGAAAAGAAAUUUAAAUUAGCUCAGAUUGACAUUUAUCAACGAAGAUUAAUCAGUCGUUUUCGUAAAAAGCUAAUUAUUCGUGUAAAUGAACUAAUCAAACUGUUUUUGGAGGUUCAUAAAAGUGAAUUUUUCAAGGAUUCACUUCAAGCCCGACGCGAUUCAAAUAGUAAAAUAUUUAAAGAUUUUCAGGAAAAAUAUCCAAUGUUUAUGCCAUUUGUUCGAUAUCUACGCAAACAAGAUCUAAAUUCGUUAUUUCAAGAUGUAGCCAUUGAGCAAGUAUUGAAAAUACUAUUGAAAAAAGUCAUAUUGUUUUCAAUAUUAUCAACGAAUAAUCUUGAUAAUUUAAAAAGUGAGGAUAAAAUCAAAAUGAUACAAGUGUUCAACAAAGCCAUAAAUGAAAAAGUUGAACAAAGCAGUGAUGAACGAAAAGUUGAAACAAAUAGCACUGAUAAUAGUAGUUCGACAAAAUUGUCGACCAAACCAACUAAAACUGAUUCAAUAGAUGUUGAAGAUUUGGACGAUAUGGAUGAAACAGAUAUAAUGGAUCUGAUAUUCGCAGAUGAAAAUCAAGUCGAUAGAGACUGUUUGAAUCAAAUAAUUAACCAUGAAUCAAUACAAUCAUUGAGUCGUUUAACAGCAGAUUUCAUACGAAAAUCUGGUGACGAAGAAUUUAUGAAAGAGGCAUUAAAAUUUCUCAACCAACAGCAAUCAUCUCAUUGGAAGAAUGAAACAGAAAGCGAAGAAUUACCAAUUUCCAGUUCACCCAAAAAGAAAAUGAAACCCGAUCCAGAUAAUUUAACCACAGAAGCUGAUGAAUCCGAAUCCAUAGCUCAUUUACUUUCUGACAUGGAAACAAAAUUAUGUACUGAAUUAAAAAUAGAAGCAUCAAUGUUUAUUCAAAUGAAAAAUGUUCUCAUCAAGCAACAUAAAAAAUAUCCAAAAGCAGCCCGACAUCGAUUAAAUCUGGAAAACAUAAUAACCAAACAUUACUAUGGCCGUGAACAUUUGGAAACAUUGCGACGUAUUCAUACUCAUUUGAUCACCAAUGGGGAAUUAUCAUCAUCGGCCACCACAACAAUGAAUGAAACAACAAAACGAACAUAUACAGCUACCCGAAGUACAUCGACGGGUAGCAUUUCAAGUGCCGGUAUUGGUGCCGGUCUUCCUAUUGAAAAUCAAUCAGAAGUAGCUCAUCAUCGUGAAAAUCUACCACCGAAUUUAACACCAGAAGGUCUAAGCGUUGAUCCAAACAUUCGAAUCUUUGAUUCGAUCGUCUAUCUAAUCUACUGUCCAGAACAUGAUCGAAUCGCUGUAACUAAUGUGGAACGAGCACGUUGUGUUUGGUUUCCAUUCGUAUGUCUAAAUGAACACCAGACAUGGAUGCAAGCUGCACGAUCGGGUGUUGAUCUAAUCAUUGGUCGUAAAGAUGCCGAAGCGGAUGCCGAAGAAUCGGCAAAAAAGGCUCCAGUAUAUUCAAUAAGUUACCUUAACAUAUUGCGCAUACAAUUACCACCAGAAAAAUUUAUCACACGUUUGGCCAUGUUGGUUACAUUGAAAAAAUCACCUCAUAGUACGUUUCAAUGUUGUCAGCGUUCGAUGCGAAUCAAUUGGCUUCGUGCAAGCGAUAUUCUUGCUGAUCGUAUCGAUAAAAUAUGGGGACCAGAAUUGAAAAAUUUUACACGUAUUGUCAUCGGUAUAAAUGAACGGCGUAAAUUAAUUACCGAAUUCAGUCUGGAAAAUUCAUUUUAUCAUUAUUUUACUAAAGAAAAUUCAGUAGAGAAAAAACUGCUCAAAGCAUCACACAUAAAACCAGAACAUAUAGCUGAAAUUUAUGAAAACUUUGUUGAACACUGUUAUCCAUCGUUUUAUAUGUCAUUCGAAUCCUUCAAACAUUAUCUAAUUAAGUAUGGUUUCGAUCGUAAUGAUUCAAGGAUGGCAUUUCUAUUUCGUGCCUGCAGCUUGUAUGAUAAUGAUUUUCUACAUUUUCAUGAAGUUCUUCUUGGCAUCAUUGCCAUGGAACCGACAACCAAACAUUUCACUGAAGGCCGUUUGAAUUUUCUAUUCAAAUAUUAUGAUACUUCAAAUAAUGGAUUCCUGAAACUUGAAGAAUUCAUUGUCAUGGUCACCGAUAUUCAUAAAUAUUCAAGCAAUACAAGUCUAAAUGAAGAAAAUUUGAAAACUGAAAUCGAAAAAGCAAUUCGAUGUGUCGGGAUGAAAGAUGAACGAAUCGCUAAAGAUAAUCUAAUCAAAGCUGUAUUAAAUAAUUCAUUCAAGAACACCGAAAAUCUUUGCCGUUCACCGAAACCAAUCCUUCCCCAAAUAUCGAGGUUAAUGCAGACAAAAACCACAGAGAAAAGUGGAUCCUCAUCUUCGGCCGAAGGAUUUCUUGUCGCCAAUCGGCGAUCAAAAAAAGGGACAUGUAUUAAAUGUCGUGAUCAACAUUACGAGUAUUGUUUACAUUGUGUAACAUUCGAUACUGUUGGACGAUGUGUCGCACCAACUCUAAUCUCUGAACAAUGGAUCGAGCCAGCAUUGGAUAACGAAAUGAAUCAGCACAAAUAUUCGAUGGAUUAUACAUUCAACAAUAGUUCAGUUCCGAACAUAUUCAUCGAUUUGAUAAAAGAUUUUUAUAAUAAAACUAAAAUUGAAGGCAAUCAACAAUUGAUCGGAUUGAUGGCUGUACGUGAAGAUUGGAAGAUUUUUUCACGUUAUGUUAAUAUUCUUUGUGAAGAGUUGAAAGGACUUUUGAUCUCUGAAGAUAAAUUAAUAAAAAUUAAUUCACCGGCAAUCGUCGUUGGCGAUAUGCAAGGAAACUUGAUUGAUUUAUUUACAUUGGAAAAGACCUAUUUUCAAGGAUUUCCUGUCACACCAUAUAAUCUAGUCUUUCUUGGUAAUUACAGUGGAAUUGGAUCUUACGGUGUCGAAAUGAUCACCUAUUUGUUUUCACUCAAACUACUGUUACCAAACAAAGUAUUUUUAUUACGAGGUACAAAUGAAAUCAAAUCAAAAAGUCGAAGAAUUUUACUCAGCGAAUGUUUACAUAAAUACGGACCCGAUUUUGGACAGAAAAUUUUUGCCGUUAUAACGGAAAUAUUUGCCAGACUUCCAUUUGCAGUGAUUAUUGAUGAAAAUAUAUUCUGUUGUCAUUCGGGUAUACCGAAAUGGAAUAAAUUGGACAAGAUUAAUCAGCUUGGUCAUGAUGUAUUUUCUGUACUGAAAGAAGCACCGAUCGCUUAUGAAUUAUUGGUCAACACACCACUUGGUAUGGAUGAAUGUUUGUGUUCUAUGGUUACAACGAAAGAAUCGUCAGGAAAUUCAAAAAGCAUGAAACGUUCAUCAUUGGAUUCGAAAAGUUCGAAAAAAAUGGCGCACAAAAAAUUGGGAGCUAAUCUAGUGAUCGGUGUUACCGGAUUUACAGCCUCAGAACAUUCUGAUUUUGUUAAUUCAUGUUCAUACGAUCAUCAAGCAUUUCAGAAUUUUAUGCGUUCAUAUAAUUUUCAAUAUCUAAUACGUUCACAUUCAUUGCAAACGUCCAAUGAUGAUGGCUUUGACCUACACUAUUCGAAUCGAUGUAUAAGUAUAUUCUCUUGUUCAAAACCAAAGUCCUCUCGAUCCACUGUUGCAUUUGUCGAUGGCAGCAAUCAACGUAUACGGCUACUGUCAUUUGAACGUGAAACGGCAAUAAUCACACCAGUAGAAUCAAUCAUACAUAAAUGAGCUCAACAAGGUCAACAAGACAUUUCUUUGAUAAAUAUAUGCACAUAUUUAUUUGUUGAUGUCAAAAAAUUAUUUGAUUCUAUCCAAAAUAAACUUUUUAAGUAAA